CGGUCUUUGUGGAAAUGCCAGCACUCACUAAAGAUCAUCAAUAUUCAAAUGUUCCUCAAAGUGGAAAUACAUAUCCAAUUUCACAAAAUUCUUCAAAUUUACGUCCUCCGUCUCCGAAAGUCAUUGUAGAAAGCACAUUGCCUAUUAUGAAAUCAAAUUUAAAUCCACACGUUGAACACUCUAGCAUUCCUUCGGCUUCAUUGUCAUCUCAGUUUUUAAAUGAUAGACCUCCAUCACCGAAAGUCGUUAUUUAUAACGAGAAACCCCCUGUAAUUGAAGAUAAUCGUAAAAGAAAAAAUCCAAAAAUUUCUUCUGUAUCAAUGCAAGAUAAUUAUCGACCUUCAUCACCGGAAGUUGUCAUAGAAGUCCCAUCUCGUGAUGUGUUGGCUGAAUAUCGUUCUU